AUGGAUCGCGACCGAGAUCGAGACCGGGACCGAGAUCGCGAGCGCGAUCGCGAGCGGGAAAGGGAGCGGGAUAGGGACAGGGAUAGGGACAGGGAUAGAGAUCGCGACCGUGAUAGGGAUAGAGAUCGAGAUCGAGACCGGGAUCGAGACUGGGAUAGAGACCGAGAGAGAGAUAGAGACAGGGACAGAGAUCGGUCGCGGGACCGAGACCGGGACACCAGGAGCAGAAGGUAUGAGGAUGAGACCGCUCCCCCCGAAGAGCACGAAGUCCAGCGCGAGAUCGUCCUCGCAGCCCACGCCCUCGAAGCCCGUUGCCCACCUCAGACAGCUAUGUGCCUCAAAGGUCACCCCGGCGUCGAUCGCGUAGUGCGGAUAGAUACCGACGAGACCGAUCCCGCGACCGCGACCGCGACUGGAGACGUCGUGAUCGUUCGCGUAGUCCCCCGAGGCGUUACUCUCCACGCCGAAGCCCCAACCGUCGCAGCCCCGCCCGGUCGCCUGCCCCCAGAGAAGACAGCCGCGACCGUGGUCGCUCGCCGCGCCGAGACAGGGAUUGGGAGAACAGAGAUAGGGAGAAGCCGCGCGAGCGUGAUUGGGAGAGGUCCGACAGAGAUCGAGACCGGGAUCGCGAACGCGAACGCGAGCGUGAACGAGAGAGAUCGAGGGACCGAGACCGCGAACGAGAAAGGGAUCGCGAUCGGACACGGGACAGAGAUGACACGCUCGCGUUCCCCUUUCAAUAGGGAUCGCCCACCUCGGGAGAGGUCACCCUUUAGGAGAACUCCCCCGACGGGACCUCGAGGAGGGCCUUAUCGGCCUCGCUCCCGUAGCCAGGGACGACGGGACGACCGAGCCCUUCCUCUAGCUGUCCGCUCUCCCCAGAGGGCUUCUACCACAUUUUCGCCCAACAUCUACCCUCAGUCUGCUUCCAGACGAUCUUCUCCUCGUCGUGCAUCCAGCAUUGCCCAUUCUCGACCCCCGUCCCGCGAACAAACCCCCCACUACUCAGCCAACGCUACACCCAUACUCGCGCCGCGAGAGGUUCCCAAACUGAGCACCCAAGAAUCUGGGUCCCAGGCUCAGAGGUCUCCUCCUCGUGGACCCGCCGCCCUUCGACAGCCACCCACUGGCCCCUCUGGAGCCCCCAGGACCAUGGCUCCACCCACCCCGCCGGCACCCUCCCCCGCCGCUCUUGCACCCCCGACGGGUCCCACUCGAUCCGGUGCUACUAGCCCAUCAGUACCCCCCACGGGACCACGAGGCUACGUCCCUCCCGCGAGAGCACCCUACAACAGUCGCGGUCCCCGUGGCUCCUGGGGUUCACCCGCGCCCCCUCGGCACGCGACGCCAGCAGCUCAAGCGCCUGCCGCGACGUCUCCCGGGCCCGGCGGUAUCCCAACCGGUCCCCGCUACUCUGUCUCCUCGGCAAGCCAAUUACCUGCGAAUACCAACAAGUCCUUCAACCCCCCUACAGCCCCAGCCUCCCAGCUCGGAGCCCCCAGCGCGCGUCCCACCCUCGCGCAAAGCCUAUGGUCCACGAUGCCCCCCGUCAUCAACGGCGGCAAAGUAGACCCGUCCAUCACGCCGCUGACGACGGGCGUCACGCGCGACGUCGAGGCCCACUACAAGAAGCUCCGCGAGGAGGAGGAGAAGCUGCGCGAGGAGCUGAGGAUCAAGCAGGAUAAGCUGAGCAAGAACCUUCGGCAGUGGGAUAAGUUGGAGCGCGAUGCCAAGGUUUGGGAGCUCAGGAGCGAUUUGAGCGAGAAUAGUAUGAGAAGCUUGGCGGGGGAUGGUCCUGGUGCGGCGUUUUAG